ACAAUUUUAGUGUGAGGUGUUACAAUGAAGGGAAACGAUGCCUACAUCAGAGUAAUAUGGAUGAGAUUGACCACAUUGACAACCCUUAAUGAUGAUGGUUCUGCUCUCCCGAACUAUUUAUUUACCAAAACGGAUUAGUUCUCCUGUUUCGUCCUAUUUGUAGAGAUCAAGUCUUGUGUAUGUGUCGGUCUGCUAGCCCCGUGCUAUGUUUUCACCCACAUCAACUGUCUUGAAUUGAUAUGACCGAUAUUACACAUAACAUGGCCAUCACCCAAUUUCGCCUCUUUAAAAUAUGCACCUGCUUGGCGUCUAUCCUUUCAUUCUUGAAAAGACUGAUUUGCAGGACUGGAAGGUCACGCAAGCUGAGUGGGGAUCAGAUCACCCUCCCUACCACUGUUGAUUUUUCAUCUGCAUCAAAACAGCCAGAGGUUCAGGAGUGGAGCUCAUGGGAUGAAGAAGCUCCCACGAGUAUCAGAAUUGAAGGUGGUAAUGGGGCAGUUCUGCCUUCACAGAAUGAAGCCGAGGAGGAGGAGCCAGACUACUUCAGAGACAUGGCUCCCACCAUCAGGAAAACACAAAAAAUUGUUUUGAAGAAAAGGGAACCUCUGAGUUUCUCUAUGCCAGACAGUUCCUCAGGUUUCUCUAGCAGACUAGCCGCCACUCAGGACAUGUCCUUCAUCCAGCCCUCUGCAGAGCUGGGCGACUUGGACACCUGGCAGGAAAACACCAAUGCCUGGGAGGAUGAGGCAGAUGCAUCCUGGGAGGCAGAGGAAGUACUGAGACAGCAGAAGCUGGCCGAGAGAGAGAGACGUGCCUUGGAGCAACAGAGGAAGAAAAUGGAGAAAGAGGCACAGCGAAUGAUAAAAAAAGAGCAGAAGAUCGCUGUCAAACUUUCGUAACAUUUAUGCAGCGCACCAGACACUCAAAACAACAGCCAAACAACUGUUCAUUUUAAGUUUUACCUCGAUUUGUCCUGAUCACCACAUUGGUGUUUUCACCUCUAUGGGAUAUUUUUAAAUCCAUCUUGGGGGUCUUGGGGGUAUUUUUAUUUAUUGGAUGGAGCACAGCAAAGGUACUUUUUAUUUAUAAGUUGCUGCAAAUGUUCUUUAAGUAUGCUCAUUAAAAGAAAUGAACUAGGUUUUUUUUUGUGUGUGUGUGUGUCAGUAUUUAUAAACAUUUUGGAAAAUGAUUUUAGAUAAGGAAUUCUGUUAAUUUUUUGCCUUUGUGCUUUUCCUCUCUGUUUGUAUUUUUCAUCAUCCCAGUUUUGUAACUGCUUUAAACACUGGACUAUAUCAAAAUAAUCAACAAAUGUAUGCAAUUUGUGUUCUGGCUUCUAGGACGCUAAUUAGCGGUAACUAGAUCCUAGCUAUUUCUCUUACCAUUAAGUUUCUCUUAAUUACCUGGAAAUCAAGGACUUAAUUGUGAAUUAUUGUUAAAGGCCUUCUAUUUUAGUCUUGAUUUAUCUGAAGACGCACUGGAUUUGGUUUGAACCUGAACAAUGCACAGAGAUCUCAGCCUAGUUAAAUGUCAGUGGAAGCGGGAUGUGUGUACUGGGAGAAAGAUUCAAGAGAAGUAGGUUGGUUGUCAUGGAAACGCUUUUUUUAUAUAUCCAGAUUGGCCACCAAAGCAUCUUAGAAGGAAUAGUUCAAUUCAAGAAUUACAAUUGACUCAUCAUUUACUCAAACUUAGGCCAUCCUAGAUGUGUAUGACUUUCUUCAUCUGAACUUAAAUGAAGAUUUUUAGAAUAAUUUUUCCGCUCUUUUGGUCCAUAUAAUGCAAGUGAAUGGGUGCCAAAAUUUAGAACCUCCAAAAAUCAUAUAAACCAGUAUAAAGGUAAUCCAUAUGACUCCAGUAGUUAAAUCAAUAUCUUCAGAAGCAAUAUGAUAGAAGUGGGUGAGAAACGGAUCAUUUUCACAUUCAUCUUGUGUUUUUGGUGAUUCAUAUUCUUCAUGCAUAUUGCGCCCUACUGGUCAAGGAGAAGAAUUUCAAGCAAAAAAGUACUAAAAUAUUGAUCCAUUUCUCACCAUUGCAUUAUAUGGAUCUACAGAGCUGAAAUAUUCUUCUAAAAAUCAUAAUUUUUGUUCUGCUGAAGAAAGAAAUUCAUAGACAUCUUGGAUGGCAUGAGGGUGAGUUAAUGAUGAGAGAAUUUUCAUUUUGAGAGGAACUAUCCCUUUAACCUUUGGUAGUACUCACUGUCUGUUACCUGGAGCAUUUGUUAAGAGUAAUUAAUUCCCUAUAAUAAACUGUGGGCCUGAACAAUUUUAGAUAGAACCAAACAAAGUCUUACUGGUUUUAAGGGAAUUUUCCCCAAAAUGACAAUUCUGACAUCAUUAACUCAAACUUAAAUGACUUUCUUCCAUGAAACACAAAAGGAGAUUUUAGGCAGAAUGACAGCCUCAGUCACUUUUAUUGUAAUGGAAGAAGAUGCAAUGAAAGUGUAUGGUGACUUGAGGCUAUUGACAUAGUAAAACAAGUAAUGUUUAGAACAACAGAGGGUGAGUAAAUGAUGACAGAAUUUUUUAUUUUGAGUAAACUAUUCCUUAUAAAAAAAAUGUUUCCUUUAAAAUAUUAUAUAAAUUAUUUACAUUUAUUGAUACAAUAUUAUGGUCUAUACUAUUAAAAUGAUAAUGAUGAUGUUGGUGCUGAUAUUAAUCUCUGCAUGUUAUGAUAAUUAAGGAACUUGAAGCCAUGAGAGACAGAGAUGCAUAUAAAUAUGAAAAACAAUAAAGUCAUACCUUUUUUUAUCAUUUGUUUCCCAAUCACGCAUGCAAAUGUUUUGUCAAAGAUUUUUUUUUCAUUGCACACUUCAGCCUUAGCUGUAAUGAACAUUUGAAUAUCUGUUCUUGUUUUAUUUUUAAAUGGAGACUUGAAAUGUAUAGUUCACCCAAAGAUGAAAAAUGUGAUAUAAUUUAGCCACCCUCUUGUUCCAAACCUACAGGACUCUCUUUCCUCUAUUGCACACAAAUGGUGAUGUUGAGCAGCAUGUUUGUCUCAGUCAACAUUCACUUUCAUUGCAUCUUUUCCAUACAAUGAAAGUGAACGUAGACUAAGGCUAACAUUCUGCCUGACAUCCCCUUUUGUGUUCCUCAAGAGGAAGAGGGUAAGUCAUGAUGUAAAUGUUAUUUUUGUGUUAACUUUACUAGCUGAUGUGUUCAAUAACUUUAGUACCAAAGUAUAGAAAAUAUGUCUUUGGGUCUCUUGGAACACAGAAGCAAUCUGCAAUAGAAGAAACUUUGUUUGAUCUGCUGAUGUGUGUUGAAAAUCUGCUCAGACUGUUUAGAUGCUCAAACACAACUUCAUAAACCAGUCUUUGGUUAUAUGUUAUGAUACUGAUUUGAUAUGAGUGCAUCGUUAAAACUGUGAGGUUCAAGGUCAGACGCAUUGUCCCGACUGAUGGAACAUUUCAGCUUGGCGAAAUGUGAUGUCAUAAUCCCCAUCUGCCUCAGUAACGCCCCCGGUUGACAGAUUCUCCCACAGUCUGACCCAUUUUAAUGUAGAAAAGAUGGAGAGAGGACACUAAACUGGCUGAGUUAUACAUUACAAGAUGUCUUCUGCAGCUCUGCGGCUCUUCAUUACUCCUGACAGUGAAUCUGCUUGGUUGGUCUGAGCUCGUUUCUGUAAUCAAGAUUUCUGGAAAUUGUACAUUAAAUAAAAUGAA